GGCGAUGGGCGCUCGCCAUCUUAGCCGCUGGGAGCCGAGUUGGGUUGACGCUGUCGGUGAGGAGACAGCCGAGAGAGGGAUCGCAGGCUGGGCAGCGGGGCGGGGGAAACCUAAAACACAGUUUUUAAUUUGAUCCGUUUUGGGUUUUAAUCCGGGGUUAAAUUUAAUAAGCAAGAUGCUGUCCAGAUUGUUCCGCAUGCAUGGACUUUUUGUAGCCUCCCAUCCUUGGGAAGUGAUUGUGGGAACGGUUACGAUCACCAUCUGCAUGAUGUCCAUGAAUAUGUUUACUGGCAAUAAUCAGAUUUGUGGAUGGAAUUUUGAAUGUCCAAAGAUUGAGGAGGAAAUAUUGAGCAGUGAUAUCAUAAUCCUGACCAUCACACGCUGCUUAGCAAUCUUGUACAUAUACUUUCAAUUCCAGAAUCUUCGACAGCUUGGUUCCAAGUAUAUGCUAGGGAUUGCUGGUCUCUUCACCAUUUUCUCCAGCUUUGUUUUCAGCACGGUUGUGAUUCAUUUUCUGGAUAAAGAACUAACUGGCCUAAAUGAAGCCUUGCCUUUCUUCUUGCUGCUGAUUGAUCUGUCCAAAGCCAGUGCUCUGGCCAAAUUUGCACUGAGCUCCAACUGCCAGGAUGAAGUAAGGGAAAAUAUUGCACGUGGAAUGGCCAUCCUGGGCCCCACUUUCACUCUUGAUGCCCUUGUGGAAUGUCUUGUGAUAGGCGUUGGUACUAUGUCUGGCGUGCGACAGUUAGAAAUCAUGUGCUGCUUUGGCUGCAUGUCUGUUUUAGCAAACUAUUUUGUCUUCAUGACCUUCUUCCCAGCUUGUGUCUCCCUGGUAUUAGAGCUUUCCCGAGAAAGUCGUGAGGGUCGUCCAAUUUGGCAGCUUGGCCAUUUUGCUCGUGUCUUGGAGGAAGAGGAAGAUAACAAACCAAAUCCAGUAACACAGAGGGUGAAAGUCAUCAUGUCUCUAGGAUUAGUUCUAGUUCAUGCUCAUAGUCGCUGGAUAGCAGAACCAUCUUCGCAGGAUAACACCUUGGAAAUGCCUAAAUCUGGAACAGGACUGGAUGAGAGUAUGCCUAAAAGAAUUGAUCCUGGGGUACCACUGUGGCAAUUCUAUCUUUCCAGGAUGAUCAGCAUGGAUAUUGAACAAGUAAUUACUCUUGGCCUAGCACUCUUCCUUGCUAUCAAAUACAUCUUCUUUGAGAAAGCAGAAACUCAAUCCUCUUUCUCGCUAGUGGUGCAGAAAAAGAAUACUGAUAGUUGCAUGAAUAAUAUUGGACCCAGCAGAUUCCAGCCGAAUUCUCCAGCAGAUGAGGAACCAACCAGUAAAGAAAAUACAGAUGAAGUCAUUAAGCCUAUUGCGUGCUCUAUCCCUAAACUGGUCAAUCAUAUGUCAAAAGCAAAUUUUGUGUUAGGAGACUUCACUCCUCCUAGCUCUUCAUCUUCAGGAACACCUGAAGAGCUGGAUACUGAGCUUCCAUUAGAGCCACGACCAGUUGAGGAAUGCUUGUUCAUACUCAAAAGCCCAGAGAGAGGAGCAAAAUGCCUUACUGAUGCUGAGGUAAUUAGCCUGGUGAAUGCCAAACUCAUUCCAGCUUACAAACUGGAGAAUAUGAUGGAAACUCCUGAACGUGGCGUAUUCAUACGUAGACAGCUUCUGGCUCCAAAACUCCCAAAACCCACUGCACUACAGCUUCUUCCCUAUAAGAACUAUGAUUAUUCAUUGGUCAUGGGUACAUGCUGUGAGAAUAUAAUUGGCUACAUGCCCAUACCUGUGGGAGUUGCUGGACCACUUUAUCUGAAUGAGAAGGAGUUCCAAGUGCCUAUGGCAACCACUGAAGGCUGUCUUGUGGCGAGCACUAACCGAGGUUGCAGGGCAAUAUGUCUUGGUGGUGGAGCACGGAGUCGUGUAUUGGCAGAUGGAAUGACUAGAGGGCCAGUUGUUAGGCUGCCUACUGCAUGUGAGGCUGCAGAAGUGAAAGCUUGGCUGGACAGCCCUGAUGGUUUUCAGAUUAUGAAAGAGAUGUUUGAUAGCACUAGCAGGUUUGCCCGGCUAGAGAAGCUGCAGAUUGGGCUUGCUGGACGCAACCUUUAUAUCCGUUUUCAAUCCAAGACUGGAGAUGCCAUGGGCAUGAACAUGAUCUCAAAGGGCACAGAGAAGGCUCUCUCCAGGUUGCAGGAAGAGUUCCCAUCAAUGCGUGUACUAGCAGUUAGUGGCAAUUACUGCACAGACAAGAAACCUGCUGCAAUUAACUGGAUUGAAGGAAGGGGGAAGUCUAUAGUCUGUGAAGCAGUCAUUCCAGCUAAAGUUGUGCGUGAGGUAUUAAAAACCUCUACGGAAUCUCUUGUAGAAGUGAAUAUCAGCAAAAACCUGGUGGGCUCAGCUAUGGCUGGAAGUCUCGGUGGUUACAAUGCACAUGCUGCGAAUAUUGUUACUGCUAUUUAUAUUGCAUGUGGGCAGGACCCGGCCCAGAAUGUCAGUAGUUCAAAUUGUAUUACAUUAAUGGAAUCAACUGGCGUCAGUAAUGAAGACUUGUACAUCAGCUGCACCAUGCCAUCUAUAGAGGUUGGUACUGUUGGAGGAGGGACCAACUUGCCACCACAACAAACCUGCCUGCAGAUGCUUGGCGUUCAGGGUGCGAGUAGAGAGUUUCCUGGUGAAAAUGCACGUCAGCUGGCAGAAAUUGUUUGUGGUACAGUCAUGGCAGGUGAGCUGUCACUCAUGGCAGCACUGGCAGCUGGACAUCUGGUAAAGAGCCACAUGAUCCACAACAGGUCAAAGGUUAAUCUUCAGGAGCUCCCUGGCAGCUGUACGAAGAAAGCAGCUUGAUCGCUGUAGGAUAUCACAAUUCAAAGGGAUCCACUGUAAAGACUGGCACUUGUACACUGGAAAGAUGCUUUGGAUUUUUCCGUUUUGAAUUAAAGGGGCAGUUUGGUGUUUGUUCAUGAUCAAUUUUCAGGAUUGCUGGUCUGUUGUUUCAGCCAGUAUAUCUAAAAUUGAAUGCACAAGGGUUACUCCCAAAGCAAAAAUACCAGUAUCCAAUGGUGUGACCAGAAAUUGUACAGUGGUACAUAAGACUGAGUAGCCUGUGGAACAUCAUAACAUAGGAAGAAACUGCAAAAUGAAAGGACCUUGAAUGUUUGCUAAUUCCUGCUAAUUCUAAUGGUCUUAUGAAGGCUUUCUCUGUCUUUAAGUUAUUUAUAUGUAUGUUUUGAAGCUGAAGUUCAAAGCUUGCAAUAACCAGUGUCUUGGGUGAAAGGAUUACUGGAAAGAUUAUAGCAGUCUCAUGAUUAAAAAGAAAUCCCUGGCUGUAGGCACUUGUUUUUUUUCUGGUUGUAUAGCAUGGUUAAUCUUGCCAUAAUGAGACAGAUUGUUUUUGAAAAUUUAGUUUGGGCAAUGAACAUUGCUUUAUGCAAAACGAAAACAGAAAUA